AUGGCCAAUCUCACCGGACCGUUGGCCAAAUAUAAUGUGGCCCAUAAGCUUUACAAAACUUCUCUUCUAAAUACAGUCUGUCUUGUGGCGGGACUAUCAAUUUUCUUCUUCGGCUAUGAUCAAGGAUUGAUGGGCGGCGUCAACACGACGCGGGAUUAUGCUGAGCGCAUGGGUUUUGGUCAUUGGGAUGAAGACCAAAGCAUUGUCGUUGUAGACAAGCCAUUGUUGCAAGGAGGCAUCGUUGCUGUCUAUUAUCUUCCAGGGACGCUAUGCGGCUGUCUUCUUGGAGGCUGGCUAGGCGACCGUUAUGGCCGGAUCAAGACGAUUGCUUUGGCAUGUGCUUGGAGUGUUUGCGCCGCUGCUCUGCAGGCUUCGGCUAUGAAUUCAAACUGGAUGUUUUGUGCACGUGUGCUUAACGGCGUCGGCACCGGAAUUUUGAAUGCGAUUACACCAGUUUGGGCAACCGAGACCGCUGCUCAUACUUCCCGAGGACAGUUUGUUUCCAUUGAGUUCACUUUGAAUAUCCUUGGAGUUGUCGUAGCAUAUUGGCUAGAAUUUGGUACUUCUAAAUAUCACGAUAACACAUCUUCAUUCAUAUGGAGGUUUCCCGUUGCCUUUCAAAUUAUUCCUCUGAUAGCUCUUUUCAUUAUCAUCUGGUUCAUGCCGGAAUCCCCUCGCUGGCUCGUCAAAAUCGGCCGUGAAGAAGAAGCUCGAUUUAUCCUAGGCCGUCUUCGUGGUAGUGAAGGCGAAGAUGGCGUUAAAAUGGAAGCAGAGUAUCAGGAUAUUAUCAAUAUUCACAAGCUUGAGAAGGAUACUGCCAAGCAGCAGGGCUAUCUUCAAAUGUUUUUCGGUAUCGGUUCUGGAAAAUUGCACACUGGAAGACGUGUUCAGCUUGUCAUAUGGCUUCAAAUUCUUCAAGAAUGGAUUGGAAUUGCAGGAAUCACCAUCUACGGCCCUGAAAUCUUUACUAUAGCUGGAAUUAGCUCAAAGGACCGGCUCUGGGUCAGCGGCAUCAACAACAUCACAUAUAUGUUUGCUACAUUAAUCUGCGUCUUCACUAUCGAUCGUAUCGGCCGUCGUUGGACCUUAUACUGGGGAGCAGUUGGACAGGGUGUAUGCAUGUUUGUCGCCGGUGGUCUUGCUCGGGCUACAAUUAAUGCCGAAGGAAAGGAUAGCCAGGGCCAUAUCGGCGGUGCCGCAACAUUUUUUGUAUUCCUUUACACUGCCAUAUUUGGGGCUACCUGGUUGACUGUUCCUUGGCUCUAUCCGGCUGAGAUUUUCCCCUUGCAAGUCAGAGCCAAGGGAAAUGCCUGGGGUGUUGUUGGCUGGUCCAUUGGCAAUGGCUGGUGUGUUCUGCUGCUUCCCACCAUAUUCAAGCGUCUCAACGAGAAGACCCUCUACAUCUUUGGAGCUGUUAAUGUUUUGUCCAUUCUUGUCGUCUGGGCGCUGUAUCCAGAGUCUAACCAGCGAACAUUGGAAGAGAUGGACCUUGUGUUUGCCAGCGAUAGUAUCUGGGCGUGGGAGGCCGAACGCAACUUUGCCAAGCUAAAGGCGGAGAAUCCAGACCUUGUUCAAAGUUCUGCACUCAACCCUAUGGUGGUAGACGUAGAGCACGCUGCCACGCCAAAGGAGUAG